UGUUUCCCUAUUCUCACUUUCAAUCUUACCUGAAGAUGAGCAGAAGGGCUGCUGUAUCUGCAAUCGAUCUCAUUCAUGGAAGCAGAUUUCUCAAUCGAUGGUCUCAUAAAUCGGGUAUUCUCUCUCCUCCAUUCUCUCUCUUCUCUUCCAAGGCUUUUCAAUUUCAACCUAAGCGGCGCCCAAUAGAUUUCAGUACUGUUAAAGAAUUAGAUGAUGCUGUUAAAUUGUUUGGAAAAAUGAAGAGUAUGCGGCCUGAGCCUUCCAUUCUAGUGUACACCAAUCUUAUGAGUGUCGGUGUAAAGAUUGAGCAGUAUUCUUUUGCCCUUAAGGUGUUUGAUGAAAUGCGUCAAAUGGGUUUCCCUGUUGAUAUGUACACUAUGAGUAUUGCAAUUAACUGUUGCUGUCACUUGAAAGAUAUAAACUAUGGUUUUGCUAUAAUGGCCUUCUUUUUUAAGGGUGGUUACGAACCAGAUGCUGUGAUAAUCAGCCAUCUCAUUAAAGGGUUGUUUUUAGAGGGUAAAGAGGCAGAAGCUGUGAAAUUAUUCCAAAAGGUUCUCGAUUUAAAACUUUGCGAGCCUGAUCAGGUUAUGAUUCUGCACUUGAUAGAUGGCUUACGUAAAACUGGACAGGUCAUUGUAGCUUACAAUUGGAUUCAUAGAUUAGAAAGUUGUGGGUGGAGACCAAGCGUUUGGGCUUAUAGCACAUUAAUUGAUGGGUUCUGCAAUGAUCAAAAGCUGGAUGACGCUUUGAAACUUCUGCCCGAGAUGAUCAGCAAGGGUAUUUUACCUAAUGUUGUCACAUAUACUACCAUGAUUAAGGGACUAUGUGAUAAUGGUAGGCAUACCGAUGUUGGAGACUUAUUGAAUGAAAUGACCAAUUCAACGAUAUCUUUGGAUGUGCAUACUUUCAAUAUAUUGAUCAAUGCAUAUUGUAAGGAAGGGAAGAUGGAAGAGGCUACAAAUGUACUGGAAAUUAUGAUGCAACAAAACAUUUCUCCCGAUGUGGUCACAUAUAGUACACUUAUUGAUGGAUUAUGUAUGAAAGGUGAAAUAGAUAGAGCAAAACAGUUACUUGAUUACAUGGUAGAGAUGGGCUUAAAGCCUAAUAUUGUUAGCUAUAAUAGCUUAUUAAAUGGAUAUUGCAAGAAGGGAUGCGUUGAUGAAGCAUGGCUUCUUUUUCUUGAAAUUCCCAAUAAAGGGUUGGUGCGAAAUAACCAUACUUAUAAUACCAUGAUACACGGAUUAUUUAGGGAAUAUAAAUUUGCCGAGGGCUGUAAACUAUUCGAGGUUAUGGAAGACCAACAACUGCGUCCUGAUUUGCAAACUUACACUACAUUGUUGGAUGGGCUGUGUAGGAAUAGGGAGAUUAAUGAGGCUGUUUCAUUGUUGCGCCUGAUUGAAGAUAAAGGAUUUACCCCUGACAUAGUCACGUACGGUGCUCUCAUAAAUGGAUUGUGCAAAAAUGGAAAACAUGGCAUUGCGAGACAUCUUUUCAAUCAACUUCGUUCAAAUGGUGUACAACCUGAUGUUCAUAUAUAUAGUAUGAUCAUCGGUUCAUUUUGUCAAGAAGGGUCUUUCGAAGAGGUAAAACGUUUGCUGGCAGAGAUGGAGGGUCGCGGGUGUGGACCUAAUCGUGUUACAUACAAUGUCAUCAUCGGGAGUCUGCUAAGGCGAAAUGAGGUUGACAUGGCAAGAUCAUUCAUGGAAGAAAUGCGAGAAAUGGGAUUCUCAGCCGAUUCUGCAACUUCCUCGAUGCCAGAUGGAGAUGAUUUUUUCCUCAAAUUGAUGAAUGACCUUGCGCCCAAGUAAUUUGUAUCCUAGUCCUUAUCAAGUGGAGUGCAGGUCGAGGAUUGAUGCAGCCUAAGAGGUUUAUGUCUCGGAGCUUCAAGCCGGAUUCAAUUGCUUAAUGCUGCUGCGUGAAUGUGAUGCAAUUGAACAUGUGAAUAUUAUCAGAGUAUAUUUGUUUUCAAAACUUGUUAUAUUUGGAUGAGCUAAAUGGUAUUGUUGUUUCUAGUGCAGGGCGAGGAUGGAUGCAGCCUAAGAGCCAAAGGUUUAUGCUUGAGAUAUAUGCGUUCCUUAAUGCUGCUGCGUGAUGCAAUUGAACAUGCGGAUAUUAUCAACGCGUAUUUGUUUUCAAAACUAGUUAUAUUUACAUGAGCUAAAUGUUCAGCUGAUCUAAUAUAGCUGAGGAAAAAAACUGUUUGAUAUCAACCUGCAAUUAGAAGAAGAUGGCUUCGAGGUCACUGUGGUGUGGCUGAAUAGCGUGGAUCCUAAGUAAUUGCUGUUGUUCAUUGGAUUCUCGAGGCACUACUUCUUUCCCAACAACCCAGCAAAGCUCUUGAGGCCUACAUGCAACGCUGUCGGAUAUUGGUGUUUUUGUGCUGUUUGCAGUGCUCUGUUUGAUCACACGAGGGCCUGGGAGGCCAUUCAAGGAUGAAGAUUCUGCUAGAGUAAGAAGGUUUUGCUGAUUUUAAUUUGGGUUAUGUUUAUGUGAUUGCUUGUUUGUUUGCUUGCUUGCUUGUGUUGGUGUCGAGGUCAAAUUCGAGAAACUGAUGAAUUUUGGAAAUUGUUGUGUAUAUGCUAGAAUCAGAUUAUGCAUGGUUUAUGACUUAAACUUAGCAUAACCCGAGGCUUCUCUAGAUGAUUGAAAUGAGAAAAAUGUGUGUGGUUUUGUUAA